CCGUGAGAGUGUACUUCUUACAGCUGUGAGGGAGAUUCUAUCUCCAAACCUCAUAGUUUGUGUUAAUAUAAUAGCCGGAAUACUUUAUGGCUUUUAUAAUAAGCGUCUAAAAGAUCACAGUGAGUGGAUCACCCAGCGGCCUGUCAGCCUCCCCGUCCUGAGCUGAGACCCCUGUCAGACUCCUUCACCCUCUUCUGACUCAGAGGUCUCCAAGAUGGUCUUGCCCUCGUCACACUCCUCGAGGCUCAAGUAUGUGUCUCUGGGGGUGCUGGUGUUGCAGACCACCUCGCUGGUGCUCACAAUGCGCUACUCCCGCACCCUGAACGAAGAUGGCCCCCGCUACCUGGCUUCAUCUGCUGUGGUGUCGGCCGAGGUGCUCAAGAUCUUCACCUGCACCCUCCUUGUCUUCAUGGAGAACAAUUUCAGUUGCCGGGCAAUGAACCAACUGCUGAAGGAGGAGAUUGUGUACAAGCGGUCACAGACCCUGAAGCUGGCCAUUCCUGCAGGGAUCUACACGCUGCAGAACAAUCUGCUCUAUGUUGCCUUAUCCAACCUGGACGCAGCAACGUAUCAGGUCACAUACCAGUUGAAGAUCCUCACCACAGCACUGUUUUCUGUCUCCAUGCUGGGGAAGAAGAUGGGUCUGUACCAGUGGCUUUCACUUCUCUUCCUCAUGGCCGGAGUCACUCUAGUGCAGUGGCCUGCUGACUCUGAGGGAGACUCUGAGGGAGACACUGAGCAGAAGAUCCUGUGUGCAGGUUCUCAGUUUGUGGGGCUAAUUGCUGUGUUGAUGGCGUGUGUGUCCAGUGGCUUUGCUGGAGUUUACUUUGAGAAAAUCCUCAAGGAGACUGAACAGAGUGUGUGGGUCCGAAACAUUCAGCUGGGCUGUGGCGGCUUGGUCGUAGCAGUGGUCAUUAAAUAUGCAGACAAUAUCCUCAAAGGAUUUGCCACGUCUCUGUCCAUCAUUGUGUCUGCAGUUAUUUCGUAUUUCAUGCUAGAGGACUUCAACCCUACAAGAGUAUUUUUUGCAGGGGCAGUGCUGGUCAUUGCUGCCACAUUUCUGUAUGGCUAUGAGCACAAGCCUGCUAGUAGCACCACCAUCAAAGUGUAAACAGAGGCCUCUGUGAACUGUGCUACCAGAAUGAGGUGAUCACAGGCACUCAAAAAACACUCCAUGAACUGUGAAAGGGAGUUUGGUAUACAGAAUUAAACAGAGCUGGAAAAGUUGCUGAAUUUCAACUUGAAAACGUUGAGCCUAAAGUGCUCCAAAUAAUCCUCUGGAAACAUGCUGCUUCGCUACAAAGAUGGAGGACAAUAUUUUGGUGGUGUAUCUUUUAAAAGUUUUUAAUUUUUUUUAAAUAGUUUUUAAUAUCAUGUAAAAUGUUUGCAAUAUAAUGUCUUAUAAUUGUCUUAUCAGGAGAACAUUGAGGCUACCUUACCAUGUAAACAGACGGUGUUACAGUAAAAUUAACCUUAACUUGUUUAUCCCUGGAAAACCACAGCCAGACCGACAUAGAGGUUAGCCAAUGUGAUGUGCAGUUGUGCCUACUACAGAUACAUUGGCAUAAGCUGUAGGUUUUUUAAAUGAUAUUAAACUUUUUGACAGAACAUAUAUGUAGCAGAAAACAACAAUAUGUUUGAAGAAUUAAUGAUGUCUUUCAAUUGUUUGUCUAGAAGAGCGUUCACUGACGGGGCACUGUCUGCACAUGUAUGUGCAGUCAUAUUGGUGAAAAAGAAACACAGGUCCACUUCUAUAACAGCUCAAAGAUUUACCAUAUUGGUCGACAUCAAUAAGAACAUUUAAAAGGGAAAUGUUCUUAUUGGUCGACCUCUCAUAUUCUUAUAUUUGACAGGCUCUAAUGGUAAUGCAAGGUUUCGAUUAAAGCAAUCAGGAGAAUGACAUGAAAAUAUGGCUUCAGAUAUUUGCCCACCUAAAUUGUGUAGUUCAGUAUGUCAAUCAUGUAUUUAUGUUUUAUGGGACAGCAGGGGUGUCUGUACAAAAAAGGUAUGCUGGGAGCUCCUGUCUCAAAGGGAGGAAAUUCCUUUGCAAAGCAUCCAUCUAGCAGUGGAAUCAGGAGCAGACUUGCUGCAGAGAGGAGGGGUUACCUCUUUUCAAAGAUGCUGAAUGUCUUUUUUUUUUUUUUAUAAAACGGGAUAUGACUGCUCUCACAUUACUUCUCAAAAUCUGGCAGUUGUAUGAAGGAGCUCAUUCCUGUGUUAUUUAAACAAAAACAUAAUGUUUUUUAUGUAGGAACAGAUGAAUAAAUGAUGGCAUUUUUUAUGCUGAAACAA